AUCUGAUUCAAAUUUUUAAAGUUAACUUUGUGAAAAGGAAACGUGUUGAUUUUGUGAGAGAUUUAUCACAGGAUGGCCACCCCAAAAGAAACUCCCGAGCAACUCCAAGCCCAAAACAUCAUCGUAAUCCACCCGGGUUCAUUGUACCUGCGGAUGGGCCGCGCCUCAGACGUGAACCCUUGCCGAAUGCUGCACGCCAUCGCGCGGCGUCGCAAACCGGGUGGCAUCGCCCACCGCGAUCCGGUCCUGCCGGUGGCCGUUGCUUCCGUGCCCAUGACGGGUUCCAAGUCCUCGAAGGAUUCGCUGCCGGAGUUUGAGGAAUGUCGGCUGGCGGUGUCUCACACGCUGCAGUCGUGCGUUCAGUCCGAUGGCCGGCGACGGUACGCGACUCCACCGCAGCAGAUCUCGGCGUUCAAUCGAAGGUCCCAGCCGGAGACGGUUGACGGGCCGAAGACGGAGUGGCGGGACGAUCUGGUCGGGGACAUGGUUUUUGGGGAGGAGGUGCUGUGGUUGAACCCGGGCGGGGAGUUUAAUUUGCACUUUCCGAUUCGGAGGGGAGAGUUGAAUCUGCACCGGAGUGUGGGCGGAUCGAUUUCGAGCGUGAUAAGCGAUCUGCAAGCGAUUUGGGAGCACGUGCUGCAGCAGCGACUGCGCGUUGAUCUGAAGCAGCUGCGGCACUACAAAGCGGUUCUGGUCAUUCCGGACAUCUACGACCGGGGCCAUUUGAAGGAGUUGACCACGCUGUUGCUGAACAGGAUCGGAUUCGGUAGCUGUUUUCUCGUGCAGGACCACGUGGCUGCCACGUUUGGCGCUGGAGUCGGUUACGCCUGUGUUGUGGACGUCGGCGACCAAAAAACCUCCGUGUCCUGCGUUGAGGACGGAAUCUCCCACCCUAGCACGCGAGUCCGCCUGGAUUACGGCGGCGCAGACGUUACGCAAGCGUUCUACUGGAUGCUCCAAAAGUGCGCCUUCCCCUACAAAGAGUGCAACCCGGCAAGGCCACACGACGCCUUCCUCCUCAAGCAACUCAAAGAAGAGUACGGUCACGUCAACCUGGACGUGUGCGGUUCGCUCGAGAAAAGCUUCUCCGUCCAAAGCCCACAACAGUCCAAACGACGGUUCACCCUUCAAAUCGGGGACGAAGCCAUCGUCGCUCCGCUAGCCGUAUUCCACACGGAACUAUUCUCCGUAACGGGUGCGAAUCGCGCCCUCCCAAAAACCCAGAAACCAUCCGCCGCCGACCCAAAUUCGGAAGACUGCUUCGACGCGGAAUAUCUCCGUGAAACGGGACGUCGCGGGAAGGAGAAUCUCGAGCAGACGGCCAACGAGAGUGGACUGUUGGGGGCCGGAGCGGGUGGAGACAAUCCGGACGAGGAUAUGGUGGCGGAUGGAUUGGAGCAGGAGACGAAGGAGGUCGGAAGGAUGGCGAAUGAGAAGGACUUUAUGCUGCCCGGUGGGCAGAUUAUUGGGAUCGAUCAGGCGGUGGUGCAGAGUAUCGAGCGGUGUCCCAACGACGAGCUGAAGCGCAAGAUGUACAGCUGCAUCCUGGUCGUCGGUGGCGGCAUGAAGUUUGUCGGCAUCAGCAACUGGCUCCAGAAUCGGGUCUCGCUUAAAAUCCCGCUCGUUUACCGCUCCGAACACAACAUCGUCACCAGCUCGAAGGACAUUGACGCGGAGAUUACCGCGUGGAAGGGCGCCGCCAUCAUGUCCUGCCUGGAGAGUGCCGGCGAGUUGUGGCUGACGGAGCCCGAGUGGACCCGGCACGGACUUCGGAUUCUGCGCGAAAAGGCCGUGUUCAUGUGGUGAAUAA